GCUACCGUUAGCUAGCCUUCUCAGCUGAGAAAUGCCAGCUAACUGAUAGCCAGGUCCAGCUCAGCGGUUCAACUCAUUUAUAUAACUGUCUUACCUCCACUUAGUUUGGGAAUUCGGCCAAUUUUGUUGGUUACUUCGGCUGUAAUGGUCCCAAAGUCCAGCUCGUAUGCUUCAAAGUCAGAAGACAUUGUGACGUUUAGGUUUAAAACAGGUUGGUGACAGUUAGCUCAGGAUAAUAACAACAAGUAUCGAAUGGUAGAAUGGAGUUCCUUCCUUGAGUCGCAGUAAAAUGCGCUCGGUAAGAAACAUGAUGUUAUUUUCCUGACGCUAAAAGUGAUUCAGCUUGUGAAAAGACUCUAUCUGUCACGUUUAUUUUUUUCAAGGGUUAACAAAUACAAAUACAAUUAUAUUAUAAUAAAUAAACAAAUACAUUAAAUUGAGGAUUUUAAUUUGUCCACAAGAGGCUGGGGGUAACAAUAUGUGAGACACCAUCAGAAAGGUUCCACUCGCUUUGUACACAGAAGAAAUCGAAGAAAAAAACCAAGGAAGUGGACAGGUUGAUGGGGAAUUAGAUUUUGACACAAGACUAGUGUGCUCCGAAGAUUGGCUGGAGAGGAUGCUGCUCUUUGCCACGGCAAGGAACAAUGGGACACGGAGAGCCCCAAUGACCCAAGAGCAGGCCAGUUGCUGGGUACUCAGAAGACGAGAAAAAAUAUGUGCUUCACCUGCACUCCUGACUUUGCAAGGUUGCAGAGGCAAAAAUUAACAGACUGAAGCUUGGUCGAUACAUUUCAGGAACUCAACCAAAAUAUUAGUACAAACGCGAGAAGAUGAAUUUCCUGUCAAAUGUUGUGACAUUUCAGAACCUCCAUGAGGUUCGAAGACUGUGCCACUGGGGUCCAGUCAUAGCCCUGUCUGUCAUUUCUAUAUGCUCCACCAUGGCCAUUCUGGACUCCAUUAUCUGGUACUGGCCACUAGACACUACAGGAGGCAGUAUUAACUUCAUCAUGCUACUCAACUGGACUGUUCUCAUCCUCUACAACUACUUCAAUGCAAUGUUUGUUGGACCUGGAUACAUCCCUUUAGGCUGGAAACCAGAGAAUCAAUUGGAAGCCCAGUACCUACAGUACUGCAGAGUGUGCCAAGGUUACAAGGCCCCCAGGUCGCACCAUUGUCGCAAAUGUAACAGGUGCGUGAUGAAGAUGGAUCACCAUUGCCCCUGGAUCAACAACUGCUGCGGCCACCUGAACCACGCCUACUUCACCAGCUUCUUGCUGCUGGCUCCAAUGGGAUGCUCACAUGCUGCCAUCAUCUUCAUCAUGACCAUGUACACACAGCUGUAUGAGAGAAUAUCAUUUGGCUGGAGCACUGUAAAGAUUGAUAUGAGUGCUGUGCGUCAAUUCCAGCCUCUCAUGCCAUUCAGUGUGCCUGCCUUUGCUGCUACACUCUUUGCCUUAGGCUUGGCACUUGGCACCACUAUUGCCGUUGGUAUGCUCUUCGCCAUACAGAUGAAAGUCAUCCUUCGAAAUAAGACCUCGAUCGAGUCCUGGAUCGAGGAAAAGGCCAAAGACAGAAUACAGCACUACCAAACAGGGGAGGACUUCAUCUUCCCUUACGACCUCGGCACCCGCUGGCUCAACUUCAAACAAGUCUUUACGUGGACAGGGUCGCCCAAGGGUGACGGCCUCGUAUGGCCAGUCCAUCCCAAGUGUCACCAGCACACCUUAACUAUCGAACAACUGAAGCAGAAAGCUGAUAAACGAGUGAGAAGUCAGGUCCAGUAUCAGGCAGUGGAGAACUAUAAUGGAGCCUGCUGUCCUCUCAGCAAAGGACUCCAAACCUUUUUCAGAACCCCCUGCACCGAAGAGCCCAGAAUCCCCCUCAUUAAGGGGGACACCAUCCUGGCAACUCGUGGCACUAAAUGGUGGAUGUAUGGAGACAAAGUUUUGAACGAGGAGCAUAAUAUAGUAGGAGACCGUGUAAGGGGAUGGUUUCCAAGACGAUGUGUGGAGAAGUGCCAUUAUGACACAGCUGCAAGCGAUAGCACCAGCGAUAAGAAAGUCAAUUAAUAUAUUGGAAGAGGAUUCAAGUAGAGCAGGGGAGUUAAACUGAACAAAAGGUGUCUGUCCAUGUUCAUAAAUAUACAUCCACUCAAGAUGUCGUGCCUCCUGCUGCAGGCUCACCUUCAACAACUCAUACUUUGACCAACUUGAAUUUUUUAAAGGAACAUAGUUCACUAAGUCCUACUGAGCAACUUGAAUUCAUUACUUAAAGAUGACUACAGAGUUUUGGAGAGUUAGUGGUCCCAUGGGUUCAGUUGUACUCCUCUGACCAAAAGUGAAACCCAGCAAGAGUCUUAAUUUCCCAAGAAUUGCCCCCAAGCUUAAAUGUGACUUUGUUUUGAUUACAAACUUUUUACUUGAAUCUGUUGUUUUUACUUGUUUUUUUGCUAAUUAUACGAUGCCUCUGCCCAGUUUACCCCGGGACUUCUUCAUGCAACUCUUUCUACAGUAUGGAAAUUACACUUUAUUUCUUGUUAUUAUUUUUGUUACAAAACAAACUGUUGGCCUCAAACUCUAAAUUGAAAAUUAAAAUAUCUUCUGCAAAA